AUGGUUUGGGCAUUUAGUAAGGAUGAAGGAUACAAGGCCAGUAAAACUCAUAUAGGAAGCAAGUGUUCAACAGAAAACGGCAAGAGGGCGACCGAAAAAGACGUGGAAAGAUGGAUUGGCGAAAAUACUCAAAAACAGGGGAAUAAAACGACGUACAGGGAAGAAUUAAAAAAAGUUCUAGAUUCUGAGAGGUCCGGUGUAGGCACCGACGAUGUAUACGUUCCACAUCUGUGGUACUUUUCGCGGGACCAGGAAAGUCCAAGAACCUCUGUGUCAAAUAUGGAAGACGACAAUGAAACGCAGAAUUCUGAGACACAUGGAGUUCAGUCCGAAGAUAAUUCGUCUCAACCAGCCACCCCACAUUCAAUUAUAUCUGAACCACUUACACCUCGGCCAAUACCACAAGCAACUUCUAGAGCAGCAAAAAUGCGUAACGAUAAAUGUGAUGAAGUCUUGGAUGUAACUCAGAAACGCUUUACAAUGCCUUCUGAUGUUGACGCCAAGUUUACGCUCAUUGGAAAAGCUUGGGCCUGCAAGUUAAAGGAACUUUCGCAAGUACAAGCAACUCGGAACUCUAAAUCGUUAUUGUACCUUGCAUAUACAACAUCCAUUAUACAAUCAGCAAAUAGUACCGUGUUUACAACCAGGGUCAUCAUAAAAUCAUCAAAUCACGCCAUCUUUGCCGACGCCUCCUUUACAAACAGGACCAUCCUCUCAGCACCAGAUACAAUCAAGUUCACAAACACUUCUGCGAUCUUCUCUUUUUUUUGUCUUUAG